CUAGCGGUCAGUACCGAGCAGCGCAACACAACCACAACAAACAUGGCGUCUGUCCGCCGCCGUCCCGACAGCAGCGCUGCUUUGGAGUAAAUUAACAGGUUUCCAACCGAACAGAAGUCUUUGAAAGGGGUUAAAAGUUAAGUAAGAAUCCCGUUACUUCAGAGCAGAUCAAACUAACUGUUAAAAGCGGCUUGUUUUUAACGGGAAUGACAUAAACUGAGAGGUGACGGAGCUUCGCUUCCAUCUGCAGCUCGUAGCGGGAGUCUCUUGUCCGGAGGGGUCAUGUCCCGCCUCGCCGUGGUGUGUGGGGGCUCCAGGGGGAUCGGGGCAGCGGUGUCCCGCCUGCUGGCACAGAGGGGCUGCAGGGUAGCUGUUCUCUCCAGGAACGAAGACGCUUCCCGGGCCGCGGUGGCUGCUCUGCCCGGAGACCACCAUGUGGCUUUCAGCUGUGACGUCUCCAAAGAGCAGGAGGUGCAGAGAACCUUUGAAAGCAUCAGGAGGACCUGUGGACACGUGUCCUACCUUGUGAAUGCUGCGGGCAUCAACAGAGAUGCUCUGCUGCUGAGGUCCAGGCCGGAGGACAUGCUGGCUCUGCUUCACACUAACCUGCUGGGCUGCAUGCUGACCUGCAGGGCGGCGCUGCGGGACAUGCUGCACAUGCAGGAGGCGGCCAUCGUUAAUAUAGGCUCGGUGGUGGGCCUCAAAGGAAACGCCGGCCAGUGCGUCUACAGCGCCACCAAGGCGGGUUUAGAGGGCUUCACUCGCUCUCUGGCGAAGGAAGUGGCGUCGCGUAACGUGAGGGUGAACCUGCUGGCUCCAGGCUUCAUCCGCACUGACAUGACCGGCGGGCUGAGUGAGGAGCAGACAGCGCGCUCAGUCCCCAUGGGGAGGUUUGGUGAGCCGGAGGACGUGGCGCUGGCGGUCCUGUUCCUACUGGAGUCGGCGUACAUCACAGGACAGGUGUUGGUGGUGGAUGGGGGGCUGCAGCUCGCCAUGUAGAGGACGCUCCGACCCGUCAGCCAGAGACGGACGGUGACUAAUGCCGCCGACUCCAGAGAGUCUGGAUUUGAAUCAUCGGAUUUACACUGUUAGUCUUUUUCCGUGACUGUAGAGCCCCCGCCUGUGAUCGUUACGCCUUUGUCCCACUGGGAAACCCCCCCGGGACAAAAGUUUGACUUAUAUAAAUGAUGCCAGCCUGGAAAACCAGAACCAUCCGAAAACAUCACAUGUGUUAAAGUCAAGGCCCGGGGGCCGGAUCCGGCCCUCCAGAUCAUUUUAUUUUAUUGUUUUUAAUGACCUGAUGUUAUCUUGUACUUAUGUCUAACUUGUAUAAUUUCUACAGCUUUUUUU